AGUUGUCAUGACCUUUACCGCUCGCUCCUGAUAUCCUGCCGAGUAUCCUUCUUAUCCAUUACACUAAAUUAUUAUGAAUAAAUUGUACAAGCAUUAUCAGGAAUUUGUAUGGAUUAUCCCGACAAAUUAUUAUAUGUGGCUUUCUCUCAUGCUCUCCCCCUCUCCACAUUUUAUAUAUAUAACAAUUUUUAAUUAUUAUUCAAUUGAUAUAAUUAAUAAGCAAGGGUUAUAUUAGGUAAGUUCCGAUAAGUUUGAUUUUUCAAUUGUCGGUAUUAUUUUGAAAUAUUAUAAAUAGGUUUUAAUAAUUCUUUCAUUCUUCUGUUGUUUCUUUUCAAUUUACUAGAUAUAUACUAGAUAUAUCAUUACCACAAUAAUGUCACCAUCUGCAGCAACUACCAAAGCUACUCCUACAACGGAGCAAGAAUUAGAAAAUACUAUUCAAAAAUUAGCCUCUUUAAAACCAAUUGGCCAUUCAUCAUUCAAAGGUGAUGUUAAAGUUGGAUAUUCUGGAUCUUGGAUUGAAGGAUUGCCAGAAGCUACUAAGGCUAGAUAUGCUAGACAUGGAGUUGAUAUAAGUAAAGGAUAUCCUUAUAUUCCUGAAAAUGACAAGAUUCCAAAAUUUGUCGAUGAAGCAUAUAAAAUUAGAGAACAAGAUUAUCCAUAUAUUGAAAGAGGUAAGAAUGCUGAUCCAGAAAAGAAAGCUUUAUUCGGAGCUGCUAAGGAUGUUAUUCAUUUAACUAAACAUAUUGGUACUGAAAUUGUUGGAUUACAAUUAUCUGAUUUAAAUGAUAAACAAAAGGAUGAAUUAGCUUUAUUAAUUGCUGAAAGAGUUGUUGUAUUUUUCAGAGAUCAAGAUUUAAGUCCUCAAAAACAAUUGGAAUUAGGUCAUUAUUGGGGACAAGUUGAAGUUCAUCCUCAAGUUCCAAGAAUUAAUGAAGAAUUAGAUGGAAUUUCUGUUAUUUGGCAAGAUUAUUUCCGUGAAAAAUAUGGUUUAGGGUUAACUUUUAAGAAAGCUAUUGGAGGUAAUUCUCAAUGGCAUACUGAUUUAGUUCAUGAACAUCAACCAGCAGGUAUCACUCAUUUACAUAAUGAUACUAUUCCAAAAGUUGGUGGUGAUACUUUAUGGGCAUCUGGUUAUGCCGCUUAUGAUAAAUUAUCUCCAUCAUUCCAAAAGUUUUUAGAUGGUAAGACCGCUAUUUACAGAAGUGCUCAUCAAUAUAUUGAUCGUGAAAAUCCAUUAAAAGGUCCAAAAUAUAUUGAAAGAGAACAUCCUAUCGUUAGAACUCAUCCUGCUACUGGUUGGAAAUCACUCUAUGUUAAUCGUUCAAUGACACUUAGAAUUGUUGGACUAGAACCAGAUGAAUCAAAAGUUAUCUUAGAUUAUUUAUACUCUGUCUAUGAAAAGAAUUUAGAUAUUCAAGUUAGAUUCAAUUGGAAACCAUCCAAGGAAGGAUUAGGUACAUCUGCAUUAUGGGAUAAUAGAAUUUCUCAACAUUUUGCAGUUUGGGAUCAUGAGGGUUUAGAUGCAAGACAUGGAACUAGAGUUACAUCCUUAGCUGAAAUUCCAAAUUUUGAUCCUGAAUCUAAAUCUCAAAGAGAAUCAUUAGGAUUAUCUUUGAAUUAGGAAUAGAUAUUUUAUUUAGUUAAAAAGAAUAUAAGAAAAAAAUUUGAUAUUUUUAAAUUGUUAUUGUUUUUAAAUUGAUUUUGGAACAUAUUGUAAGAAAAAUAUAAAAAUCUCAGCGGGUAAUUUUAGGAGAAUUAAGAAACAGGUGUAAAAAAUGCUUAUAAUGUAGUUGUCAAGUAGGAUUGGUGAGUAAUGGGGAUGAUACAUUCUAUGUAGCAUGCUAAACUCCAUCUGUACUAUCAAAAUUGUUCUAUAAGGUACACUCUUGAGUCAAGUGAAAUUUAGGUUUCAAAUGGAUACCCCACUUGAAUAUGGUAAAAAAGGACACCCACACCGCAAUAUUUAUAGAGAAAAUUCAGUGACCCCCACCCACCCAUAUAUAUAUAUAUAAUAUACGAAUAAUAAUGAAUAAUAUAUCUUUAAUAGGUAACUAUUGAGAUAUGGUACAUAUUAGUCAUAUACUAAUAGAUAUAAUU